AUGAGUCCGUGGCGUUCACCUUGUGUCUACGUUAAAAAGAAGACUGGAGGUGUCCGUAUCUGCGUGGACUAUCGUGAACUAAACCGUCGGUCUCACAUGUUCGCUUACCCCCUUCCUCGGCCUGACUUCGUGCAGGACGAUUUGAAGGGUGCCCGUUUCUUUACAUCUCUGGACCUGAAGUCUGGUUACUGGCAAGUACCCGUCUCUGCUGCUGACAUCCCGAAGACCGCUUUCUGUCCGGGAAAUGGUUUUCCCCUCUAUGAGUUUUUGCGUAUGCCGUUUGGUCUACAUGAUGCUCCAGCUACUUUCCAGAAACUCAUGGAGGACAUCCUAGGCGACCUACCAUUCGUCAAGAUCUAUCUUGAUGAUAUUUUGAUUUUCUCACCGGACAUGCAGACUCAUGUUCGGCAUCUUCGUGUGGUCUUCGAGAGGUUGUCCGCUGCUAAGGUAACUUUGGGUGCUACUAAAUGUGACUUUGCCAUGGAGGAGAUAUCCUACUUGGGCCACAUCUAUGACAAGUUUGGCGUGCGUCCUGAUCCUGAUCGUGUCCGUUGUAUAAUGGAAUGGCCAUUACCUGAGACAGUUCGUGAUGUGAGACGGUUUAUGGGACUGGUUGGCUAUUACCGUUCUUUCAUUCCACGUUUCACGGCUAUGGCCAAGCCAGUGCAGGAUCUGGUCAGCUUGUGUGCCGACCAACCCGACACUAUUCGCCUACAUUGGAAAGAAGACCAACAGCGUUCCUUUGAGGCCCUUCGUUCGGCCUUGGCCGGUUUGCCCGCUCUCGCCUACCCUGACUUUGACGCCCCCUUCCAGUUAUGUUGUGAUGCAAGUGACUUUGCUAUUGGCUCUGUCUUGGAGCAAGAACAUCGUCCGCUAGCGUUCUUUUCUCAAGUUCUUACGGGUGCUCAGCUUCGGUGGCACACGUAUGAGAAAGAAGGUUAUGCAUUGGUCCGUUCGCUGGAAAAAUUUCGUCACUACCUACUGGAUACUCCGUUCAAGGUCACGGUAUUCUCUGAUCAUCGGCCCUUACAACAGUUGGCUAAGUCGAAGUCCCCACGAGUCGAACGUUGGUUGCUGGCUAUGCAAAACUUCCGCUUUGAAGUCCGUUACAAAGAAGGUGUUAAGAAUAUUAAUGCCGACGCCUUGUCCCGACCACAACUGCAAGUUGAAUCCAAGACCCCUAUUCCUACUAAGCCUUGUCCCGUCCGUUCAAAUCUCGAGGUUGUUCCUCCAGAUUCUGUGGUGGUUGCAGAAGAUCCGGAAUUGUCAGGCUUGUUACCUGACACUAUUAAGGAUCCCCUGAUUGCCACAGUGGUUUUGUGUCCGUUAUGGUCAUGGGAUAAACUUCGAGAAGCUCAAGAACAAGACCAUGUGGUUUGUGAAGUUCGUGAUCGAGUCUUAGUGGAUGCUCCUUUGGGUCGUAAGGAAUUCACUUCUUGUCUAUAUAUGCCCUAUAGGCGUAUUUGGUCGGUCCUGGAUGUCUGUGAAGGUGUUCUUGUUCGCCUUUUGAAGACAGACCCACUUGCUCCCGUCCGUUGUGUAGCCAUCGUUCCUACUGCGUUGAGAGGCGAAGCUGUAGCCUACUUCCACGAUGAGAAGGGUCACUUUGCGGAGAAACGGAUGCUGGAGAAUAUGAAACCGGUGGUUUAUUGGCCUAAUAUGCAUGUCGAUAUCAAUGAGUACCUACAGAAGUGCCCUGGUUGUCUUGCUGCCCGUGCUGGUCGUCCGACUCCAUCUCCUUUGGUACCGGUACCGGUUGGAAGGCCAUGGCAUACUUUGGCUGUUGACUACUUGGAGAUCACGCCUGCGGUUAACGGUAAGAAGUAUUUGUUAGUCUUGCAAGACUACUUUACUAAGUGGGCUGAAGCUUACCCGUUAGAGCGUGCUACGGUAGAAGAGACUUUACCUCAUCUCUUAAACCUCUUCUCUAAGUUCGGCCCGCCUGUCCGUAUUCACUCUGAUCAAGGUGCCCAGUUUGAGUCUGCCCUCUUUAAUCGGGUUAUGGAAGCUUUGGGUAUUAAGCGAUCCCGCUCAUCCGUUUACCAUCCUCAAGGUAAUGGACUGGUAGAGCGAUUUAAUCGUUCGUUGCUGGAUAUGCUACGUCGUCAUAUUGGGAUCCCUGAUUGGGUCUCCCAUUUGCCUGCGUUACUCUGGGUUUACAAUACUUCUAUACACUCGGUUACUGGGUUCAGCCCCUAUAAGUUGAUCUUUGCUCGUGAUCCUCCCUCGGAUUUCUUGCCUAUGCCAAUGGCUGCCACAGAUCUCAUGUUUGACCCUGCUACCUAUGAGGCCUAUACUGAUGCUGUCCGUGCUUACUUAAUGGAUCAGGUCGAUAUGGCUAUUACUCAAGCAGCGGGUAAUGCUAAGCGGCAUUAUGAUCAGAACCUUGUCCCGCAAGGAUUCUUUGUUGGUGCCCGUGUUCUGUUACGGCUGAUGAAGCAACAGAGACCUACUAAGCUCUCCCCUAUGUGGGAGCCUAACUGGUUUAUCACUCAGAUCAUAGGCUCCACUGAUCCUAUUAAAGUUGUCCGCCUAUUUCAUCUCCCGACAAGACGGGUUAAGGUUCUAAGUGUUGAUCAUAUCAAGGUUGAUCCUCUUCAACCUGAUAAAAUCGAGGAGAUUAUGCAAGAGCUUCCUCCACCUCCUCGUGAUCCUCGUGAACCUACCCCGCCUAGUACUCAUGGUUCUGUCAUAGUCUCCUCUGAUGGACUUCCCCUAGAGCAACCCCAUGUCCGGUUCGAAGGAUUAAUUGGUGCAAAUGAUGCAGUCUUUGCACCACCAAGGCCUCAACAACCUGUUGUUCGUCCGGGUAAUCUCAUUGGUGAAGAACAACGGUCAACUUUACAAGUUGGUCCUCAACGUCCUAAUUGGCAAGGACUUGACUCGUUUCGCCCGCAAGUUGUGGUGACUGGUCCUCCACAAGUUGCUCCUGCGUAUGUUACAACUCCAGAAGUUCGCCAAGAAGCUCAACGUGAUGAUAACGGUCCUACCAUCGAGUUGGUUCCGACCUCGCCUAGUCCAGCAUCAGUGGUAGCUCCUGCUGGUCACCAAGCAUUAUCACCUGCUGACCCUCCCUUGGCGUCCGUUCUUUCGGGUGGUACUACAAGUCAACCACCUCCUGUAAGCUCUCAGGAUAUUGGCCCUGCUAGUGUCCAGUCUGACAUUCAAGGCCACUCUCCGGUUGCCUCUACUCCUGUCGGUUCGUCUGUUCAACUUACUUCCCCGGACUCGGUUUGUAUUCCUAGUCCACCGGCCACUGCUAAUAAUGACGUUAGCAAUGAGCAAGUUUCGGAAGUAACGCCCCUCACGACCCCUAAUUUGUCUAUGAUGGAUGCCCGUUCUGCUCCAUCAUCGCCGUCUCAAACGUCAUCUGCUGUUCCCGAGCAAGACUCAGUGUCAGUUGCUUCUAAUCGGGACUCUACUGUCCCUAAUGUGGCCUCAGAUGUAGACGAGUCCGUUCCCGAGGAAGAAGUGUCUGCUCCCGUAAGGGAAUCUACCAUAGUGUCUAUGCCAUUAUCCCGACCUCGGUACACUACUAGAUCCCGAACUGGUACUCUUCCUGGUCCUCGAGAACGAUUCUCAUCUGAUACCUAUAUUCCACUUGCACUACGACCUGACCGUUCUUCGUCUACCUUGAGUGAUGCAUGUAGUCACGAGACGAACUAA